CUCACUUGCGGUUGCCCUUGUCUUGUGCGUGUUUUGUGGAUGUUGUUGUGUGCCUGUUGUUCAGAUUGCUAUUUCCAGGACAGUGGAUGCAGCUUUAGCGCCCAUGUCUUCCAAAGUAAGUGAAUUGUACCUCCUAGUGGCAACCACGGCUGAUGAUGAUGGUGAUGACAUGUCCGAUGAAGGUGCUGACCUAUCGUUAUACGAUAACUUCAACUGUGGGAAACCUCUUCAGCCAUGGCUCCCCAUUCAACCAAGGCUCCAUUGUUUACACCCGGGAUCAGCAGUUAGCCCUGUGCCACACACCCCCUCUCUGCACGGAGAGGCCGGAGAUCCCCAAGGAGCUGCGGAGGAGCAGAAGAGGAUGCAGGUCGGGAGUGAAGUGCAAGAAGCGGAAAAGACGGUACAAGCCAUGUCUACCGUCUGUCAUCAUGAGGAACGUAAGAUCUCUCCCCAACAAGAUGGAAGAGCUAACGACGCUGACCCGACUGCAGAGGGAGUACCGGGAAUGCAGCCUCAUGUGCUUCACGGAGACGUGGCUGAGUGAGCUUUCUCCGGAUUCACACGUCACACUGGACCGAUUCCAGUUGGUACGAGUGGACAGGAAUGCAACGGAGAGCGGUAAGAAGAAGGGAGGGGGAAUCGCUGUGUUUGUGAAUGAUAGAUGGUGCCACCCGGGACACAUCUGUGUGAAGGAGCAACUGUGCACCAGGGACGUGGAACUGUUAGUGGUUAGCAUGCGGCCAUACUACCUUCCGAGGGAGUUUUCACAUGUUAUUGCUAUGACUGUGUACAUCCCCCCCUCAGCGGUCGCUGCUGCAGCUGUAGAGCAGAUCCACACCAUCGUCUCUCAACUUCAGAACCAGCACCCCCAAUCCCUCCUCCUCAUCUCCGGUGACUUCAAUCAUGCUUCCCUGUCCUCUGCUCUUCCCACCUUCACCCAGUAUGUCAAAUGCCACACUAGAGACAAUUAAACUUUGGACCUCCUGUAUGCAAACAUCAAGGAUGCAUACACCUCAUCCCCCCUCCCCCCGCUGGGUCGUUCUGAUCACAACCUCGUCCAUCUCGUCACAGACUACACUCCAGUAGUGAAUAGACAACCCCCUGUGAAGAGGCCUGUGAAGCAGUGGUCUGAGGGGAGCAGUGCUAGGCUCAGAGACUGCUUCCAGACAACAGACUGGGAAGCGCUCUGCAGUCCCCAUGGCAGUGACGUUGACAGCCUGACUCACUUUAUCAACUUCUGUGUGGAGAACACUGUGCCCUCCAAGUUGGUGCGGUGUUUUCCCAACAACAAACCCUGGGUGACCUCUGAGAUUAAGGCCCUGCUGAAUAAGAAGAAAAGGGUCUUCAACUCGGGGGACAAGGAGGAGCUGUGCAGAGUCCAGAGGGAACUCCGGCAUAAGAUCAGGAAGGGGAAGGACUGCUACAGGAGGAAACUGGAGAAGCGGCUGGAAGAGAAUAAUGCCAGGGAAGUCUGGAGAGGCCUGCAGACCAUCACAGGCCAUGGUAAAGGAGUGGGGAGAAACCAAGCCAGUGGGGACAAGAUCUGGGCAGAUGAACUCAAUCUGUUUUUUAACAGAUUUGAGUCUGCCCCCCCUCCCUCCCCUACCAACUCACCACUCUUCACCCCCACAUCCCCAUCCCAGCCAUCCUCUACGCCCCUUAGUCACUGUGUGUCUGACAUGGUACUCUGCAGCACAGGUGCCCCUCAGGGUACGGUGCUCUCCCCUUUCCUCUUCACCCUCUACACCUCGGACUUCACACACAACUCCACACAGUGUCACAUCCAGAAGUUCUCCGACGACACAGCCAUUGUGGGUUGGUUUCAGAGGGGAACGAUCUGGAAUACAGGACGGUCAUCAGGGACUUUGUCAGCUGGAGUGAGCUUAACCAGCUGCAACUCAACACCAGCAAGACAAAGGAGAUGAUCAUUAACUUCCAGAGGAAAACAUCCCACUUCACACCGGUGAACAUCCAGGGAGCGGACAUAGAGUUGGUAGACAGCUACAAAUUCCUGGGUGUUCACCUUAACAACAAACUGGACUGGUCCGUCAACACCCACGCCCUCUACAAGAAGGGCCAGAGUCGCCUCCACCUGCUGAGGAGACUGAGGUCCUUUGGUGUGUGCAGGACUCUUUUACGGACCUUUUAUGACUCUGUGGUGGCCUCAGCCAUCUUCUAUGCUGUGGGCUGCUGGAGAGGGGACAGCACGGACAGGGACAGGAGCAGGAUCAAUAGACUGAUCAGGAGAGCGAGCUCUGUCCUGGACGGUCCUCUGGACUCCAUGGAGGAAGUGGGGGAGAGAAGGAUGUUGGCUAAGCUGACAUCCAUCAUGGACAACACCUCUCACCCGCUACAUGACACUGUGGGUUCUCUUAGCAGCUCCUUCAGCAGCAGACUGUUACACCCACGGUGUAAGAAGGAGAGGUUCCGCAUGUCCUUCAUACCGACCGCUGUCAGGCUCUACAACACCUGCACCACCUGAACCAUGUUGUAGUCACUAUGUAUUCUUUACUUGCGUAUCUUGCUUGCUGCUGUAACAAGUGAAUUUCCCCGCUGUGGGAUAAAUAAAGU